CUAGUCAGUUUGAGUGAGCCAUUAUACGUGAACGGUACGGAAUGCCAUUCAUGUUGUAUUUAUAUUAUGGUCGUUGAGGCAGUGUGAAUAAAGCAAGAAUUCCAAACACUACGGUUUUUGUGUAUGAGUGGCGUGUCUUUCCGUCAUUUUUGUUUAACAAUUUUUUUUUGUGGAUCAAAUGCAUUUUGGAUUAUUUUUUAUUUUAUUGUUUAAACAAGAGAGGCCCGCUUUUGAUGCAGUCGUAUUGAUUAAUACAGUGCAAUUAAUGCGAUUAGAGUAGAAAUUUAAUGAACGUAAAUGUGAACAAUAACUCAAAAUUGGAAGUGAAAAGAAGUUUGUGUCAGAAAGUUCUGCUAAACAAACAGUUAAUGCUGACUGUACAGAUGUGAUGUUGUAGUUCAAUUCAAGCUGCUCAUCAGACUAAUAAAUUAUUUCUCGUAUUUGAGUGAUUCCGCGAAUGGAUAAUGUGCUAAAAGUGAUUGUAGUGCAAUGAAAAUUUCAUUCAUUAAACCGGCUCCUAGCAACAAUUAAAGGGAAAAACUAAUUAUCAAACAACAUGAAUGAAAAUUAUUGGAGUCAGUCAACAUAGCCGGAAUACCGGGAUUGCGAUGUACAAUCAGUGCCCUCAUCGAAAGGGUACAUUGCCCACCAAAAGGAAUUUCAUCAACACGUUCCUUCUACUUUGGGGGUUCUAUUUCAUACCAACAUUGCCUCCCGUAACUGCAAUUGCUCCAAAAUAUGAAACGGCUUAUGCCUGUGAGGGUAAGACUUUAACCAUUGAAUGUGAGCCUGGAAAUUUGAUCAACCUGAUCCGAGCAAAUUACGGACGAUUUUCAAUAACUAUCUGCAAUGACCAUGGCAAUGUUGACUGGAGCGUUAAUUGCAUGUCAGCGAAAAGUUUACGGGUGUUGCAUUCAAAAUGUGCCCAUAAGCAAAAUUGCAGUGUGCUGGCAAGUACGAACAUGUUCGGUGAUCCUUGUCCAGGAACGCAUAAAUAUCUUGAAGCUCAUUACCAGUGUGUUUCAGCUGCACAAACAUCCGCCACAACGACACGUCCGAGCCCACCAUGGCUAAUAACAUCUCAACCUAGUGUUUGGAGUACGUCAACGAUUCGGGGUCCCACAACGACACGCACAAAUUUACAAGAAUUCCCAUCACACAAUGCGUCGCUACCAUCGGUCACCAAAUCAUCGAUGGACAAAAAUCUCCAACUACCGUCGAUUACCACGACAAACAUCAAAAAUAACGACGUUGCCAAACUGAAAUCGAACAGCGUGUCAACAACUACAACCACAACCACAACAGUUCCGUCCGUUACAGCCAGUUCGAAUCACAGCCAUGGAUCUAAUGCUAAAAAUGAAACACUUUUGGUCCCGCCAAUAGCGGUUACGAAUCCAGAUGAUGGCGCUGACGAUAGUACCGAAGUCACCGACAUAGCCAGAACAAAUAGUGACGUUUAUUCGACGCAAGCAUCGGUGCUGUUGAACAAUAAUUACGACAAUUACUUCUGUGGACCGAGAACGUCGCGGAAUCUCUUUUGGAAUGUGACUAGAGUUGGCGAAGUGAACGUACAACCAUGUCCUGGAGGUGCUACCGGAAUUGCGAAAUGGAGAUGUGUGUAUGCUCAGCCGCAAGUGCAUUAUCCGGUGGAAGGUGAAAACAGUAAAAUUCAAGCCGUUUGGCAACCACUCACGCCAGACUUGACUCAUUGCCGGAGUCUGUGGCUGAAUAGUUUGGAAGUUCGAGUGAAUCAACGCGAUUCGUCGUUGAUUUCCAUCGCAAAUGAAUUGUCGCAGGUAACCAGCAGCAAAACGUUGUACGGCGGUGAUAUGCUCGUUACCACAAAGAUCAUCCAAAUUAUGUCGGAGAAGAUGACCUACAACAUAGAAACGUUUCCCGACCAGCGGCAGCGCGAAGCUAUCGUUCUGGAACUGUUGAGCGGUGUCGUUAAGACCGGCAGCAAUUUGUUGGAUGCGACACAACAUUUAUCUUGGCUGGAUCUGAGUUUCGAGGAUCAGAUGCGUGUGGCCACGUCUCUGUUGACAGGACUGGAGGACAACGCCUUUUUGUUGGCUGACACAAUAAUAAGGGAGAGGAAUAUCGUACAAAAGGUCAAAAAUAUAUUCCUUUCCGUUCGUGUACUGGAAACCAGAAACAUGAUGGGAAAUGAGAUUUUCCCGGAUGUAAGCGACGAACAGUGGCAGGUGAGCGACGAUACAAUUGAAUUGCCACGGGCAGCACUUAUUGAGAACAGUGAGGGCGGUUUGGUUCGUAUUGUGUUUGUCGCAUUUGAUCGUUUGGAAUCCAUUCUGAAACCGACUGAUAAUUGGACAGAAACGAAGCACACCAUCAAUGCCGGUAAGAUGGAUUUUACAGCUUCCGUCUCAGACAACGAAUUCAUUUUCUUCUCUCUAUCCCCAGACCCACUGUCAGUAAAUAAUUCGACGCAACCGGUGAGAAAACGGAUGCUGAAUAGUAAGGUUAUCUCAGCGAGUUUGGGUAAAGGCCGGCACAUUCAACUAUCUCAACCGAUUCGCCUGGUUUUGAAGCACAUCAAGUCGGAAAAUGUGUCCAAUCCAACGUGUGUCUUUUGGAACUACAUUGACCAUGCAUGGUCAGAAGAUGGCUGUAACGUGGAAUCGACAAAUCGGUCGCACACAAUUUGCUCGUGCAACCAUUUGACGAAUUUCGCCAUUCUUAUGGAUCUCGUCGACGACACCAGUCAAUCGCUUCUGGCCAUUUUCGACGACAAUCUCCGAAUAAUGGUCUAUGUCAGCAUUGCCAUUUGCAUCAUAUUCAUUGUGAUUGCAUUCCUAACAUUGAGACUGUUCAACGGUGUUUUCCUAAAGUCAAAUCGAACGACAAUUUAUAAAAAUUUGUACAUAUGUUUGUUGGUCAUUGAAGCGUUAUUUCUAUUUGGAAUUGAACAGAACGAAACAAAUAUUUUUUGUGGUUUUACGACGGCGUUUUUACAUUGCGCCUUUCUGUGCACAAUUGCGUGGGUGUUCUUUGAAGGUUACCAGUUGUAUGUAACCCUGACGACUGAGGAAAUUUUGCUGGAAGUUGAAAAGUCAUCCAAAAUCAUUUGGUAUUACAUGUUCACGUACGGCUCAUCGUUUACAAUCGUGGCCAUUUCAUUAGCCAUUGAUCCGAGUGCUUACACCCAGGCCGACUAUUGUGUGUGGAUGGAGGCGAAUUAUUUAUUUUAUUUUACGUUUGUUGCACCAGUUUUUAUUUAUAUUACGGGAACGGUUGUGUAUUCCGGCCUGUCGAUGUACAUUAUGCUGAAGAAGUAUAAAACUUCAUUGAAGAACAAGGAACACACACGUUUAGCGAAUGCAAGUGGCCGGAAAGAGAAUUGCAUUCAGCAAAAAAUAAGUAUUCACCAGUUGUACCUUCGAUGUUCAUUUAUAUUCCUCGUCAUUAUUGUGUCGUGUUGGAUAUUCGGCUACAUUUACAUGGACCAUGCAAAAUUCGAGACUCCCAACGCUAACAUAUUCGGAUAUUUCUUUGUAAUACUGAAUGCAUUGCAAGGUGUCUACAUAUUCGCCUUCCAUUGCAUGAACAACGAGAAGAUUCGCCGAGAAUAUGGUAAAUAUAUCAGCCAGCAGACCUGGUUGCCAAAAUGCUUGCAAUGUUCAAAGUCAUCACCCAUCACAUCACACCAAUCACCGAAUAUUCAGCAUCAAUUGGGCGGUAGUGCUGCUAAUGCUGCAACGCCCAUCGAACCGACAAAUGUUUCGGACCAUCAUUCGGUGGGAACAUUACAACGCCACCAGUAUCAUAGCGGCGGCAUCGGUCGAAUCAAUUCCAGUAACAUUAUCGUGGAACGUGGCGGAACUAAUACGAUUGGUUCGAGAGCCGCUAUUUUCGGUGGUCAAACAUCGCCAACAUCGUCGGCUGGUUCGACUCAUCUCAUUUAUAAUGCAGAUCAUCCUCAGGAGUGGAAUGUGCAACAUUCCAACAGCGCACUAGCCGCCCACAUGCCAUACCAUCAUCACCAUCAAUUGCCGAUGCAAGCUCAACAUCCAAAUCAUCAAACCGAACUAGUCAAUAAAAAUUUCAAUUGUUUUGAUGACAAAAGCAGCUACUACGACCGCAAAAUGAAGAAACUCAAGUCACAUUCGUCGAAAUCGUCCGUAACGUCGUCGCCACGCCAACAAUCCCAAUUGCAACAGCAACAGCACGGCACCCAUAAAUCGGCCCAAAUGAGCCAUCAUCCCCACCAAGAGGAGUAUUUCUACUGGACGGAAAAGGCGAAACGACCGAAAAACAGCGGCGAUCUGGGCAAAUCGGAUACCAUGAACAUUGUCUAUCCGUCGUACAAAAAGAAGCUCAUGCACUACACAACCUCAUCGGGCCAUCUGGUCGAUGAAGCAGGAAUUGACGAUUACGAACGCGACGGAAUUGAUGCUCAACGGUACGGCGGUCGAUACAAUCAGCGCGGACAAAUGGUAGAUGAUCGACCGCAUAUGGAAGGCUAUUUGGUGGAGGAAUUCAACAACGGACGACAACCGCAUUUCAAUAGUCGGCAUAAAGGCUAUCCCAUGCCGGUGAGCCAGACGAAAAUGGGCUACUACAAUCAAUAUCAAGCGGCUGGUAGUAAUUACAACGAGGAACCAGUCUACGAGGAGAUCUUGAGUGCACGAAAUGCGGAUCCAGAUGGUCGCGACACUGGAGGUGACGACGAUGAGCUGAUGGAGGAAAAUAUUUUUAGGACACGUGACAUAAGCAAUCAGAACGAGGAUAUCGUUUUAAGACAAUCAACAGUACCACUAAUAAAAUCGAGCUACGACUUCAACAAACUGAACAGCAAGCCAUCGAUUGGGCCGGACAAAAUAACACCAAAACUUCCAAUGCCCCAACAGCAGCCACAACAACAACAACACGUUAGCCGUAAUCUGUCGGCUAUUUUAGACGAGAACAACACAGUUGUGUGCUAUUUGGAACCGAUGGCAAAGUAGUUGUAGAUGGAUUUUAUUUGUUGCUGUGAAGCCGUAGCCUUUCUCCUCAUUAAGUAUUAUAAAGAAUUUGCAAUUAUCUCUGCAAUUAAGACAUUUUUAGAUUAAAAACACAAAAACAAAACCUUCGUGAACAAACCAUCCCUCUUAGAUUCAUACAAUUUUCGGAUAAACGAUCCCGCUGUUUGUGCAUUUAUGAUCGGCUUUUUGUAAGCGUAUAAGAUACAAUUUAAAAAAAAUGUUGUGCUCUCUAUCCCUCCUCUGCUCCUCCAUUCCAAAAGUAAUUUAGCGAAGUCGAGCGAUUAUGGUCCAGUCACUUUGGUCAUACAGAUUCGAGAUGUGAAAAUCAACCAGUUCGUCAAAAGCUUGAAAAAGCUUUUAACGAAAAAUCAGAUUUUAGCCCAGGCCCUUUUGCUAGAAAAACUGGCUUCGUUCGCCAAAAAUGUACUGAAAAGGUCGAUUUUCGAAAAAGAAAAUUUUGUAAAAAUAUUUCCCUUCCCAAUCAUGUCAGAUAACUGAAAAACUCGUAAAACGUAAAACGGAUUGACACAAGGGACCCGAACGAGUUCCAAGAAACUUAGAACAAUUUCACUUUGCACCACUUUCUGUCGGUCGGUCAUUCAGAUGAUAGUCAUUGUCAUUGACAUAAGAAAAGUUAAAAACUUGAAAAAUCCAAUUUCCGUGUGAAUUUUGUUCAUCCGAGACGAAGCCGAGGUCAAUAAAUACACUCCCGAGAACGUGACUUUACACUUUUGUUAAGUUUUGCACAGGAUUUUACGUGUUAAAGUUGAAAGUUCGUGAAAUUCGAGGAAAAGAACGAUUUUCUACCGGCAGAAUGUAAAAACCUUUCACAACACAGGCGAGAAAAUAGUCAUUUUCUUCCCUCCGCCGAAACUUCGGAUGUCUGUGUUGUGAAAAACGUUGCGUUUACUUUGAGAAAAAAAAAGUUGCGCUUUCUCGGGUAACUAAUGUCCCUCGGUACGCUCUAGCCCCAAACAACACUCAAAAGUUGUAAUUUCCAGCUGUUCCUUCCUCGUUGAACAAAUAACUAUUGAUACUAACAAGCGGUAAGACUGGGGUCAUCGAGAACGAUUCGCCAGAAAUUCUGCAAGGAUUUCGAUUCCCGGUUCCGCGCUUGGCAGAGCCUAACGAGUUAAAUCUCAAAGUUUUUCUCUUUCUCUCGUGAAAUUUGGCGCAGAAAAAAAAAUUGCGAAAAUUGGCUCCGAUUCCACCAUGUGUCGUAAAUUGAAUCUCAUAGAAUAAUGAUCUACAAUCCCGGGUACGAAACGUUGAAGAGAUCAGCCAGUCGUGUGCAUUUUAAUGAUCCGAGGCGUGUAUGCGAUCGAAUUGAUUGAAAGUACAUUUUACUUUUUCUCUCGUUUUUGACGUUAUUGUCGAUAACAGAUGAGUACAAAGCAGUCAUUCUUGGAGAUGUAUGUGAGGUUGGUCGAAUGACUAUUUAGUACAUUAUCGGAGUACCCCCGAGUGCUGGACCAUUUAAAAUACUCGAGACAAUUGUUUUAACCAAAAGCAAAUAUGACAAACAAAUACUGAGAAAAAAUCCUUUAUUUUUACAAAAAUACAAAAGAAUAAGAAGGCAAUUUGAAUGAAAAGAAUAAAAGAAAAAGAAAUUUUAAGCGAAAAUACAAACAGGAUAUGAUAAGAACAAGAAAACGUGAUAUAAAUUUUAAUUAAUAAAUAAAUUAAGUAAAAUUAUAAAAUUCUAAUUAAACAUCUCACUCCACAUCACUCACACUACCAUUUUAUACACGAAAAUGUUGAUAUUAAAACGGAAAACGUUUCGUUUUUGUUUCUUAAUUCCAAUAAUCAUAUCAAUGUUGACUCCUCACAACAAUAUUUGUUCCCGAGACUAUAAUCCUAGAUGUCGAACGUUGGACGAUUUAACAGGAAGAGAAAAAGCAAACUCUUUCCGGAAAUGGCAUCGGUGCUCAAUUUUACAACAAAAAACGUGGACGAAACCAUUUUCACAUUUUAAUAGAAUUGAUCGCCCCGCGAGAAAUAGAUUUAAAAACAAAUGUUUCGAAUAACUGAAACGUACAUAAUACUGCCCUCCCUUCCACAAUUACACAUUUUCCUCCGGACACCCCACAAGUGCAAUAAACUCGAACAAACUUUUUUUUUUGUAAAUGUAAUAGAAUUGAUAUGUCGUUCCGACACUGGGUGUAGUACUAAACAAAAAAAAAACAAGAAAAUUUGAAAUAAAAAAUAAAUUUAAAAAAAAAUUGGAAUAAAAUGGAAAACCGUCGUAUAAACAAAGCAUAGUCGAGAGUAAAGAAAUACUCACACCAUUUGUUAUUAAGAAAACCAAUUAAGUGUUAAAUUUAAAGAAAAUAAUUAAAGAAAAAAGAAGAAAACA